AUGUUUCUGUUCUUGAAGACCAUCUCCGUCAUCUUGUUCUUGAACAAACAGGACGUUUUGGCCGAUAAGAUUCUGGCGGGAAAAUCCAAACUGGAAGAUUAUUUCCCCGAGUACGAGAACUACAGCGUACCCCCCGACUCUGUUUCAGACGAAGGAGAAGAUCCAAAAGUGACACGAGCGAAGUUCUUCAUCAGAGACGAGUUUCUGCGCAUCAGCACGGCGUCUGGCGACGGGAAACAUUACUGUUAUCCUCACUUCACCUGCGCCGUCGACACCGAGAACAUCAGGAGGGUUUUCAACGACUGCAGAGACAUAAUCCAGAGAAUGCACCUGCGCCAGUACGAGCUCCUCUAGACCAAGACCAGGACCAGG